AUGGCCCGGCUCAUUGCCAAGCGGCCACCGGAACAAACCCCCAUGACCAGCAGCCGUCCACCCGUCGUGUCCGCCCGUUGUCGGCUGGUGUCGAGAUUGGACGGCAGCUGGAUCACACUUGGCGGAACACGCAUGGAUCCUCCCCCAUUUGUCCGACAUGAUGCAUCGGCCGGCACGUCCGACAACUACUACAGCGCACCUCCGAAAACGCCAUCAAAACGUCAUGGUCGUGCCGAAGAGGGGAAGAAGGCGGGGAAGGUCGAACGCCAUGCCAUGCCAUGCAAGCAAGCAGCAAGCAAGCACUUCCGGACAUGGUCAUGGGUACGGGACCUGGUAUGGCUACGUCCCAGUCCACGCUGCCACCAUCGUGGAGUCGAGUGCUCACUGUUCGCUGGUCGCUGGUGUCACUGGGUCGGCACCAACCGAUAA